GGUAACCGGCCCUCAAAGCUGCCAGGAGAUUCUCCAGAGCGGCCAUGACACCAGCGGGGUGUACCAGAUCUACCCUGCAGGGGUCAUCAGCCCCAUCCAUGUCUACUGUGACAUGGACACUGAUGGGGGAGGUUGGACGGUGUUCCAGAGAAGACAGGAUGGGUCAGUAGAUUUCUACCUGGACUGGCAGGCAUACAAGGCUGGGUUUGGGGACCUGAGAGGAGAGUUCUGGAUGGGUAAUGAGAACCUGUACCACCUGGCAGCACAGGGAGGAUACGAACUGAGGGUGGAUCUGGAGGACUUUGAGGGAAACUCAGCCUUUGCUAAGUACGAUAACUUCAGGGUGGAGGAUGAAGGGCACAAGUACAGACUGACCGUAGGGACUUACUCAGGAACUGCCGGGGAUGGCAUGACAAGUGCUUCCUCCAUGUUCUUCUCCACCAAGGACAGAGAUAAUGAUAUCCAGGAUACAGUCCACUGUUCUCAAACCUACAAGGGAGGGUGGUGGUACGACCAUUGCCAUAGUGCCAACCUGAACGGCCUGUACCAUGCUGGGGCACAUCAGUCCUAUGCAGACGGAGUCAACUGGGGACAAUGGACAGGAAACAAUUAUUCUCUCAAGCACACUGAGAUGAAGAUAAGGCCUAACUAAAUUCACUUUGAAAACGAUACCUUUUUAGUAGACAUGACUUG